AUGUAUUUACCAGCACUCUCCAUUUCCCUUGGAAUUCGGGAAAUCGAUCAAGCAGACAAAGAUGGCGACAGAGAGAGACCAGCACCAGGAGUGAUAGAAAUGCCAGAUCAAGGACCGGCCGAGAAGAAGAAGAAGAAGAAGAAGAAGAAGAAGAAGAAGAAGACAAAAGCAAGAGCAGGGUAUCCUGGAUUUUAUUACAUACAAUGUAAAACGGAGUAG